AGUAUUUACCAGUUGCAGUGGGGGGCUUGGUGAAGAAGAAAAGGGUUUUACCUGUGGUUAGUGGCUCAAGGAAAACAGACAUCCUCUGUGUUUAGAACUGCGCAGCACUGGAUCGUUCUCAUAGAAGACACGAACAAUUUACUGGGAAAAAUAUAAAGAAGCGCAGUUUAUCCCAUGGCUUGUAUUAUAAUUUUGCUAGAUAAGAUACCACAGCUCCCUUGACCACACUGAGCCAUAGUCUUCUUUCCUCUGCCAAACUCUGAGGUAACACAGAACUGGACAUAUCUGAGGGCACCAGCAAUGAAGGAACAGAUGGGAAGAGCUCAAGAUGGCUUUUGUGUCCACACUGAACAGGAAGAUCAAGAGCUCUCAUCUGCAGAAUGGCAUUGAUACGGAAAAUCAGGAAACCAACACCAAUUAUACAUGGCUUCCUCCCAACUUGCCCAGCAAGUGCACCUGGAAGCCAGGGAAGCCCAUCUCCGACUCACCUCAUUCCCAUGUGCCCUUGCCGGAAGAAACAAACAUCCUGCCGAAUAUUCUGAAGAAAGUUGGCCGCACCCCUCUUGUUCGAAUCAACAAGAUUGGGAAAGCCUAUGGACUGAAGUGUGAGCUCUUGGCAAAGUGCGAGUACUUCAAUGCUGGGGGGAGUGUGAAGGAUCGAAUCGCCCUGAGGAUGGUGGAGGAUGCAGAAAGAGCUGGGCUCAUAAAACCUGGAGACACACUCAUUGAGCCAACAUCAGGAAACACAGGAAUCGGGCUGGCCCUGGUUGCUGCAGUGAAAGGCUAUCGCUGCAUCAUUGUGUUGCCAGAGAAAAUGAGCAUGGAGAAGGUUGAUAUACUAAGGGCUCUUGGUUGUGAGAUUGUUAGGACUCCAGCCACCAAGUUUGAUUCCCCUGAGUCUAAUGUUUCUGUUGCUCGGAGGCUGAGAUAUGAAAUCCCGAACUCCCACAUUCUGGACCAGUACCGAAAUCCCGGCAACCCAAUGGCUCAUUAUGACACCACCGCUGAGGAGAUCCUGGAGCAGUGUGAAGGCAAGGUCCACAUGGUCGUGGGUGGAGCUGGGACAGGAGGUACCAUCACUGGCAUUGGCAGAAAGCUGAAGGAGAAGUGCCCGGAAUGCAAAAUUGUUUGUGUAGAUCCCGAAGGCUCCAUUGUCGCUCUGCCCAGUGAGCUGAACACGGCAGAGGACGCAACCAUGGAAGUAGAAGGGAUUGGACAUGACUUUAUCCCAACUGUCCUUGACAGAUCAGUGGUGGAUCUGUGGUACAAGUCCAAUGACACAGAUUCCUUUCUCAUGGCUCGCAGGCUGAUUAGAGAGGAAGGAUUAUUGUGUGGUGGCAGCUCUGGCAGUGCAAUGUCCAUUGCUGUGAAGGCUGCCAGGACUCUUACGGAGGGUCAGCGCUGUGUUGUCAUCUUGCCCGACUCUGUCAGGAACUACAUGUCCAAGUUCUUGAAUGAUAGGUGGAUGGGCAAGAAUGGAUUUCUAAAAAAUGUCCAGGAACACAAGCCUUGGUGGUGGAAUGUCAAGGUGCAAAAGCUGAAUCUCUCGGCCCCUCUGCUUCUUGUCCCAGAGGUCAACUGUCAAAAGGCAAUUCAAAUCCUCAAGGAGAAGGGCUAUGCCCAGGCGCCAGUGGUUGCUGAAUCUGGUCACAUUUUGGGACUGGUGACUCCCAGUAACAUCCUCUCCUCCGUGCUGGCUGGAAAUGCUCAGUUCUCAGACCCAGUCAUCAAGGUCAUCAAUGACCAGUUUUCAAAGAUUAGCCUGGAUGACAACCUUGGAAACCUCUCUAAUAUCCUGGAGAAUGAUCAUUUUGCUAUAGUUGUACAUGAUCAGAUGCAAUACAUUGGAGAUGGCAGUUACGCCAAGAAACAGAUGGUGUUUGGAGUGGUGACGGCCCUGGAUCUCCUGAACUUCAUUACCCGAAAGGACAAGAGUCAGCAACAAAAAGUUGCUUCACCAAGAGGCUCUAUUACCUCAGAUGAAUCUGAAAUGAGCCACUGA